GCUGGGGAUGGCCGUGGGGUUCCUCAUCUUCAUCCUCCUGUACGUCUGCCUGACCCACAGGGAGAACGUCUCCCCCCACCCCGAACCUCUCGUCUUGCAAAUGGGCAGCUGCCGCUUCCAGCUGGACCUCAGCGUCCAUGCAGCCCUGUACCCGCACCUGCAGCGGUAUUAUUGCCGGGAGCUGACGUCCGAGAAGGCCUGGUGCCACGGCCCCCGGUCUGCCCCUCUGCUCCUCCUGGCCAUCAAGUCGCACCCGGCAUCCCGCAAAAGGAGGGCCGUCCUGCGCCGCACGUGGGCCCAGCAGAGGAUGAUGGGCGGCUUCUGGCUCCAGCCCGUCUUCCUGAUAGGCACGGCCUCCGAAGACAGCCUGGCGCAGGUGCUGCUGCAGGAGAUCCAGGCGUUCAGGGACGUCCUGUGGUGGGACUUUGCGGAGUCGCCCAGCAACCACUCCCUGAAGGAGCGCUGCUUGCUCCAUUGGGUCCACAACCGCUGCCAGAGGGCAGCCUACGUCUUCAAAGCGAACGACGACAUCUUUGUGAACCCAUAUGAGCUGACACAGUACCUGAGGCAGCUCCCCAGAGUCGCCGACUCCAUCCACGGAAACCUGGCCAACGAGGAGCCCGUCAAGAGGACGGGGGACGCGGCGGUGCCCUGCCUCCUCUACCCGCUGGAACACUACCCGCCGUUCAUCGCGGGGGGAACCAUCCUGCCCGGAGCCAUGAUCCUGAAGCUCUACCAGGUCUCCCUGCAGCUGCCCGUCUUCCCCCUCGACGAGGCUUACUUGGGGUUCCUGGCCUUGGCGGCCAACAUCAACCUUCGCCACGAGGGGCGCUUCCAGGUGUGGGGGCUGGUAAAAGACGAGCUCGAAGCGUACAAGGAGUCCAUCACCGUCCACGGGGUCUCGAUGGAGAGGAUGGAGGAAGUGUGGAAGGAGCUCUGGAACUGA